UCGGGCGCGAGCCGCGGGCGGGGCGCCGGGGCAGGCGGCCCGGGGGCGACCUCCCGGAGAGCGCGCCGCGAUGGCCCAGCCGCGGGGCUGAGGUGCCCGCACGCCCCUCCGCGCCCUCGCCAUGCAGAAGAGCCUGCGCUACAACGAGGGGCACGCCCUGUACCUGGCUUUCCUGGCACGCAAGGAGGGCACCAAGCGCGGCUUCCUGAGCAAGAGGGCGGCCGAGGCGAGCCGCUGGCACGAGAAGUGGUUCGCGCUCUACCAGAAUGUGCUCUUCUACUUCGAGGGCGAGCAGAGCGGCCGCCCAGCGGGCAUGUACCUCCUGGAGGGCUGCAGCUGCGAGCGGACGCCCGCGCCACCCCGGACCGGCGCGGGACCCGCGGGCGCCCGGGACGCGCUGGACAAGCAGUAUUACUUCACUGUCCUUUUUGGGCACGAAGGUCAGAGACCCCUGGAGCUGCGCUGUGAGGAGGAGCAGGCUGGGAAGGAGUGGAUGGAGGCCAUUCACCAAGCCAGUUAUGCGGACAUUUUGAUCGAGAGGGAAGUGUUAAUGCAGAAGUACAUUCAUCUGGUUCAGAUUGUGGAGACAGAAAAAAUUGCCGCUAACCAACUCCGACAUCAGCUUGAAGAUCAAGAUACCGAAAUUGAAAGGCUUAAAUCAGAGAUUGUUGCUCUUAAUAAAACCAAGGAACGGAUGCGCCCUUACCACAGCCAUCAAGAGGAUGAGGAUCCAGACAUCAAGAAGAUUAAGAAGGUUCAGAGCUUCAUGAGAGGGUGGCUGUGCAGGAGGAAGUGGAAGAGCAUCGUGCAGGACUACAUCUGUUCUCCCCACGCCGAGAGCAUGAGGAAGAGAAACCAGAUAGUGUUCGCCAUGGUGGAAGCCGAGUCGGAGUACGUGCAGCAGCUCUACAUCCUGGUCAACGGUUUCCUCAGGCCCCUGCGGAUGGCAGCCAGCUCCAAGAAGCCCCCCAUUCGCCAUGAUGACGUCAGCAGUAUUUUUCUCAACAGUGAAACGAUCAUGUUUCUUCAUGAAAUAUUCCAUCAAGGACUAAAGGCAAGACUGGCAAAUUGGCCUACUUUGAUUUUAGCUGAUCUAUUUGACAUUUUGCUGCCCAUGCUGAACAUUUAUCAAGAAUUCGUGCGUAAUCACCAGUACAGCCUCCAAGUACUUGCCAACUGUAAGCAAAACAGAGACUUUGACAAGCUCUUAAAACAGUAUGAAGCCAACCCUGCCUGUGAGGGGAGGAUGCUGGAGACAUUCUUGACCUACCCCAUGUUUCAGAUCCCCAGGUAUAUCAUCACGCUGCACGAGCUCCUGGCUCACACCCCCCAUGAGCACGUGGAGAGGAAGAGUCUGGAGUUCGCGAAAUCGAAGCUGGAGGAGAUCUCCAGAGUGAUGCAUGACGAAGUGAGUGACACUGAGAACAUAAGGAAAAACCUCGCCAUUGAAAGGAUGAUCGUGGAGGGUUGUGACAUUCUGCUGGACACCAGCCAAACGUUCAUCCGUCAAGGUUCUCUUAUUCAAGUGCCUUCUGUUGAGAGGGGAAAACUUAGCAAAGUCCGCCUGGGCUCCCUGUCUCUGAAAAAGGAAGGCGAGAGACAGUGCUUCUUAUUCACAAAACACUUCCUGAUUUGUACCCGAAGUUCAGGAGGAAAGCUGCAUUUGCUCAAGACAGGUGGGGUUCUUUCUCUCAUCCAAUGUACGUUGAUUGAGGAGCCAGACGCAGGUGACGAUGACUCCAAAGGUUCUGGCCACAUGUUUGGACACCUGGAUUUUAAAAUAGUGGUGGAGCCUCCUGAUGCCGCUUCCUUCACUGUGGUCCUGUUAGCACCUUCACGCCAGGAGAAGGCUGCAUGGAUGAGUGACAUCAGUCAGUGCAUGGACAAUAUACGAUGUAAUGGUUUAAUGACUGUAGUGUUUGAAGAGAAUUCCAAAGUGACUGUGCCACAUAUGAUUAAGUCUGAUGCCCGUCUUCAUAAAGACGACACUGACAUCUGUUUCAGUAAAACGCUCGAUUCCUGCAAAGUGCCCCAGAUCCGCCACGCCAGCGUGGAGCGCCUCUUGGAGCGGCUGACGGACUUGAGGCUCCUGAGCACCGACUUCCUCAGCACCUUCCUGCACACCUACCGCAUUUUCACCACGGCCACCGUGGUGCUGGCGAAGCUCUCCGACACCUACAAGAGGCCUUUCACCUCCAUUCCUGUCAGAUCGUUAGAGUUAUUUUUCGCCACGAGCCAGAACAAUAGAGAACAUUUGGUGGAUGGAAAAUCUCCACGUCUGUGUCGAAAGUUCUCUUCCCCACCUCCCCUGGCCAUGUCCAGAACAUCCUCCCCAGUGAGGGCCAGAAAGCUGUCCUUGACCUCGUCCUUGAAUGCAAGGAUCGGAGCCUUGGACCUGACCACAUCCUCGUCUUCCAGCAGUCCCACCGCCACCCACAGUCCUGCCGCAUCCCCGCCACCUCACCCUGCAGCUGUCCUGGAUUCUGCAGCAGCUGACCGAGUAGCGGACUCUGCAGAGCUGUCUCCCUGUAGAUCCCCCUCCACUCCCCGGCACCUCCGAUACCGGCAGCCUGGAGGACAGGUAGCUGACAGUCCCCACUGCUCCGUUUCACCUGCCUCUGCUUUUGCAAUUGCCACAGCUGCAGCAGGACACGGGAGUCCACCAGGGUUUAACAAGACUGAGAGAACAUGCGACAAGGAGUUUAUCAUACGAAGAACAGCCACCAACCGCGUCCUGAAUGUCCUCCGCCACUGGGUCUCCAAGCAUGCACAGGAUUUUGAACUCAAUAAUGAACUCAAAAUGAAUGUUCUGAACUUGCUAGAAGAAGUUCUACGAGACCCAGACCUUCUUCCUCAAGAAAGGAAAGCCACGGCCAACAUCCUGAGGACAAACCUCAAUGUUGCGGUUCUGAAUCCCUCCCCGCGAAUGGGGGCUCUCCUUGGCAGCAUGGGCGGUGGCAGGCUCCCUGCUCCCGGGUUUUGGCACCAGAUGUUGGAAGCCACGUGGUCGUCCCGCCAGCAGAAACGCACGCAGACACAAGGAUCCUUCCGCAACAAGCCUUUAUUACAGGCUCUUUCACAAGAUGAUCAAGAUGACAUCCACCUAAAAUUAGAGGAUAUAAUUCAAAUGACAGACUGUCCAAAGGCGGAGUGCUUUGAGACGUUGUCAGCCAUGGAGCUGGCGGAGCAGAUCACUCUCCUGGACCACAUUGUUUUCAGAAGCAUCCCCUAUGAAGAGUUUCUUGGGCAGGGCUGGAUGAAGCUGGACAAAAAUGAAAGGACACCUUACAUCAUGAAAACCAGCCAGCACUUCAAUGAAAUGAGUAACCUGGUGGCCUCCCAGAUAAUGAAUUAUGCUGAUGUCAGCUCCCGUGCCAAUGCCAUUGAGAAGUGGGUAGCGGUAGCGGACAUUUGCCGGUGUCUACACAACUACAAUGGCGUUCUGGAGAUCACCUCAGCCUUAAACAGGAGUGCCAUCUACAGGCUAAAGAAAACCUGGGCCAAGGUGUCCAAGCAGACAAAAGCUCUGAUGGAAAAGCUUCAGAAGACAGUCUCAUCUGAAGGAAGAUUUAAAAACCUUAGAGAAACCCUUAAAAACUGUAACCCCCCAGCUGUCCCCUACCUUGGGAUGUACUUGACAGACCUGGCUUUCAUUGAAGAAGGGACACCGAACUUCACUGAAGAAGGCCUCGUCAAUUUCUCCAAAAUGCGAAUGAUAUCACACAUUAUUCGAGAGAUACGUCAGUUCCAGCAGACUGCUUACCGCAUAGACCAGCAGCCAAAGGUCAUACAGUACCUGCUUGACAAAGCCCUUAUCAUAGAUGAAGAUACACUCUAUGAGCUAUCACUCAAAAUCGAACCUCGACUCCCUGCUUGAAGAUCUGACCUUGUCCCUGAGACCAGAAGAAUUUCCUGGAAAGUGGGUCACACUUGGCACAGGGGGGACCCAGAGGGGCAACACCUGUCUCCUUUCACCACCAAAGAUGGAUCCAGACUGCAGUUCUGUCUCCAACCAGGGUGAAGCCCAGUGGCAUGGGUCAGAGACAGAUGUUCCAGCCUUGGGUGGGAAGGUGUAAAAUUUGAGGCUUAGGGAAGCUGAUGACAUAAUUUGCAUAGGGAUGCAAUGUAGGAGAUGCUGGUGACAGCUGGAAUGGAGUGGCGUGAAGGGAACUUCUCCUGUCCCGUGUUCUGUUAGAACUCGGGGACAAGGCCUAACUGAGAAGACUGUCAUGUUUCUUUGGCACUCUGCUAGCCUGGGCACACCUGUACCAAUCUUCCAGGACUUAACUGCUUCUAUUACAUUCCCUUAAUGCCAAACAUCAUGGCCAGGCUGAAGCUUGCUUUCUAAGCCUGACACACAUGCAGUUUUGAUAUGUAGCAUGAGCAUGGUUCUCAGUGCAUUCCAUGUGCAUGGGCGGAGUGGUGUGCCCUGAAAACAGCCUGUCUAGCCUUCCGGCAAGGGGUCAGGAAAUAAAAGGUUAGGAAAUAAGCGGAUUUGUGGGUAGCAUUUCCUUAAUUACAAGUAAGCAGUGUCCCACAGGCUUGAGUGGGGGGUUUCACUGAGACACUGGUGGUCCCAGGAAGCUGCCCCUUGGAGAGGCAGCUGUGGGGAUCACAGUGAGGUGCAUGGCCAUGUCAGUUAACCAACAAAACUGUGGAAUGUGAUAAUAAGGCCACCAAGUGCUAUGGAGAGACAUACCAUUCACUAAGCAAAAAACAAGCCUAAAAGUCAUCUUUGUACCUGGUUUUACUUGUUUUCUUCCCCCUAACGUACCCUAGAAACCUUUUCUGAUGUUCACAAACUUAAUUGGGUUCAUUGUGAGCAUUGGCUGUACUUUAAAAGCAAACAUUUAUGGGGGUUUUCUUUUGAAAGCCCACAUUUCUGUGCACUCUUGGAAGGUGGUCCUCUCUCCUGUCUCAACCAUCUUUGUUUAAAAAUGGUUCUGAGAUCAUUCUGAGUAAGAAUACUCAGUGUGUGAGAAAUGGCCCUGACCAUUUCUGCUCUUAUAGGAGAAAACCAAAUGCAGGGGUUUUCCCUGUGCCCCAAGCCUGGAGAAGUGACCUCACUCUUCCCAGGAUGGUCUGUGGUUAAAGGAACAGGGCUCCGUGGUUACCCCCUCUCCUAUUCUCAGGGAGACCACUGCUUUAAAGGAAGGAAGAAAUGGCAGUGAGGGAUCCUCAUUACCUGAGCCUUUUCUACCUUUUCUAUUUUCUCUUAGAGGCAUGAUGCUUAUUCAUGCUGACAGUGAAGAUUGAUUUGUCUAGUUAUUUUCCCUCUUCCCUUGCAUUUUCAUUAUGUGGUAGAGCUGAAAACAUCCCACUGGCUCCAAAGGCCCAGUAGAAGAAAUAGCAUUGGUAAUGGACCAUAGGACUAGAGAAGGAGACAUUUCCUGUAAAGUAAGGGUCUUCCCUGUGCAGAACUGCAUAAACAUGCACACACUAGGUAAAACGUUUGUAUUAUGUGAAUCCCACUCCGAAGCUCUUUUCAUAUUCGCCAGUGGCAUAGCACUAAGGGCCACCUAUAGAUGCUUUCUCCUUUCUACUUAUUUGUUUCCUGAGUUGCUUGCUUGUUCUCUCCAGUUUCAAAUAUGAGACUGAUGCAUUGUGCUGCAUGAUGGAAGCAUGAGCUGCGGGAUCCUAACUGUGCAUACCUAUGAUUGACUUCUCAGUGUUCAGAACGUUUGAAAGAACGUGUCGGUCACACCCACACCACAAGAUCUUACAGAGAUACAGUAAAGAGUAGCUUUCUUGAGAGGGCCACAGCAUACUGGUUCCACACAAAGCACCACUGGAGAAGGAGUGCCUCCUCUGCCUCCUCCCACCCCACGCCUGCCCCUCAGAGGACGGCUCUGUGUGCACUUGGCUUGGGAGUUUGGGCUCCUAUUUCACCAGUGUUACUUUUCAGAGGCCACUGAAGCCAUUCUUAUUAAAGAAAAAUAAGAGGAAUUCCUAAUGCUCCUUGACUGUUGAAAUGCUGCUUUUCCUACCCAGUGGCCAUUGUGGCCACUGCCAUUACUUUGCUCACAGAUUUUCUUCAGCUGGUUAGCACUAAAGAGCCGAGGAUCUUGCAUGGGUCAGCCAAGGCAGGACUGCACAUUUAAAAUAAAACACCUCAACUUGGUCACACUUAAAUUUCACCAGAACAAUUUGUGGUUUCUCUUCUGAUUGUUAAAAUUUCCUGUCCUUUAAAGCUUUGUAUGUGUUUGUGGGGUACAAUGCAUGCACCCCCCUACUUUAUGAGAUGCUUUUGUAUGCACCUGGGAGAGAGCUCCUAAAGUCAAGUAGUGAAUACGUGUGCUACCAAACUAACAGGAUAUCAGCUCAGUUCCGCGCUCUCAGAGGAAAUCUUUUCCUGUUGGUGGAAUGGCCUAGAGGCCUUGCGGGACGCCUAUCUAAGGCAGCUGCUCUUACUACAGAAACAAAUCUCUUACCAAAUGAAGCCACUGUACUGCAUGACAGUUUCAGGCGUGAAGUAUAAUGCUGCCACUUUUCUUCAACAAUUUAAAGAGGGGAUUUUAAACAGCUGUGACAAUGUCUUAGAAUGACUCUAACACAAAGACUCCUUUGCUGUCCGUUGGUCAGUGCAUCUCAAAGUACUGAUAUAAACAGUGAAAGUCAUGGAUCACGUGGAAGAGAAAAAUCCAGUGGGGGCCAUUUAAUGUGAUGAUGGGCCUUCCCCUCUUUCUCUCAUGGGAGGCGAGGCAAAACUGAGGGCUGUCACAGAUUGCAUCGUCCCUGAAGAGUAAUGCAUUAAGGCGAUCGUUCCUAAAACUGUAGGUGUUCACGUUAAAAAGCAGAUUUUACUAGAUGUUCUUUUCAACUUUGAUGUUAUUCCCCAUGAAACUGUCUCUUGUUUUAAAUAUGUUUCUUUUUUAAAUCCAGCCUACAAAAGUUAUCAUUUUUGCUAUGGUUGAGGUGGCAUAAAAGAUAAUAAUAUACUAUUUUUAGCCAGGCUAAUGUCCACAAAUUUAUUUUCAUUUCUGUGUGAAAUAAGAGUGUAAGUUUAGUGACUUUUUAUGGGCACCACUAUGUGAUUCCUAGAAGCAAGCCUCUGUCAGUGGGAUGUAACUGGCAUCCUUCUGGAGGCCAGUGGUAUCUUAGAGUGGGGCAGAAUAGAGCAGAGAGGGGCCUUUUGUUGUAGAUGCAGACAAAUGAAUUAUCUAGCAAAGUUUCCAUCUCGGGCGCUCGCGGCAUGGCAUUACGGUCAGGACUGACUGCUCUUGACGCAAUCUGCCCGAGGAAAUUAAUCACCCUGCUUCACAGCACUGACCCACUGUCUCCUCACAACCCAUUUCAUUUAACCAGAAGGCUGGUAUGUAAGCGCAUUGGAGCAGACCUCAACUUCAGCCCAGCUCUGCACUGUCCAGUGUUGACACUCCCAGGCUCACCUUCCUCAUCUGCAAAAUGGGAUUAGUCAUAAUUCCUGUGAUGUCUACCUCAUUGGGCUGUCCUGAGGACCAAAGGGGUCAGAAUGUAAACUUUAAAGUGCUGUACAAUUGUGAGGUAACUGAGUACCAUUCUCAGCUCUCUUUUGCAAAGGAAUGAAAUGUACUUCUUUUUUGUAUGUCUGUGCGUGUUUGUGUGUACAAACAUGUAAGUCAGAAAAGCACACUGUUUGUGUCUGGUCACUUUGCACAUUUGCUGUCAUUUGUCACUCUAAGGAGAGAUUUGUGCUGUGGCCUUGCCAAGUGAGGCGUAGGUUAUGCCAAGAUGCAAAUUAAACUCCGCCUUUCUUCAGUACUUAAAA